UGCUGUCAGGUUGCCGUGGUUUCAGCCUCUUGGUUCUUGUGGCAACCGUUGUCGGGGAUGUAUGAGUGUGCGGCUGAAGGGUGUAUGUGUGUGAGUGGUGAUAAUUUAAGCUUUGAGGAUUCAUGAGACGACAACGAAGGGAAAGAAGGGGGAGACAGUAAGGAAGAAAAGAGGUACUGAAGGGCGGAUAUGGAUUAACAUUGCAGCAAAAAACAAUUAUCCUCAUCAACAUCAUCAGAGGACAACAGGAGCCUUCAUCACUCCCAUUUCCAUCUGCACAGAGGACUGAGGAGGAAACGAAGGACACAGUGAAGGAAACACUGAAGGGGACACUUCACUUUAUAAUUUGUCCCUCAAGAGGACAAUUUGGUUUGCAGCAGAGAUGUACAAACACUGAAGGAGGCACUGAAGGAAGGAUGGAGGGAGUUUGAGUCCCCGCUGAUCCUCAGAUCUUUGAGGAGUCAUGACAUCGCAGCACGAAGUGUCUCCCUUCAGAAGGUUUUUCCAGUAUGUGGAGGACAGCGGACUUCGAACAUAUGAUGGUUUAGUGAUCCAAAAUGCCUCCGACAUUGCCAGAGAAAGCGACCGAAUACGGAACCAAACCAACUGGACCUACCUGCAAGAAAAGAACCAGAAGAAGAGACGGCAGGAAGAGGCCAUGAAGAGGAUCGGUGAAGAUGUUGCCAAGGCAACAGAUGAGGCAUACUCUGGGAAACACUUCAGAAUGGGCUUCAUGACAAUGCCAGCACCACAGGACCGACUGCCCCCACCCAGCCAAGGUUUCACAGUGCGGUCCCAGUCCCUCCACUCGGUGGGUGGAGGUGACAAUGAUUGCAACCACAGCCGCAAGAAACCCCCACCCAAACCCAAGAGAGACCCCAACACCAAACUGAGCAGCAGCUCUGAGGCAGUGGAUGGAGGCUCAGGAUUCAUCAACAGAGAGUACCAAGAAACCAAAGAUGUGCUGGAGCAUCUGGAAGCUGGAAACCAUCUCCACUCUGAGGACUGCAAAAAGAUGCCUCCACCCAAGCCCAAGAGGAACCCAAACACUCAGCUCAGUGCCUCCUUUGAUGAGUCUUACAUUCAUGACCAUGGUAACAAGUCUUCCUUGCGAAGGGACAAAUUUUCCUCUCAAAGUCAGAGUCCAGCAUCCAGGGACACAGAUGAUGAAGAGCCGGUUUAUAUUGAGAUGGUUGGAAACAUCCUGCGGGAUCUCAAAGGUCAGGAAGCAGUGGAGGACGAGCAGAGCGAGUCGGUGUAUGAGGAGAUGAAGUACCCGAUGCUGGAGGACUUCCUGCAAGACUCGCAGUCUGCCAUCAUUGAUCCUGAACUAUGGUCGUCUCGGGGAUUCCUCUGUGGCAUCCCUCCACCCUUCCCUAACCUCCUGACUCACCGCCCACCACUAUUAGUCUUUCCACCCGCCCCAGCUCAGUGCUCCCCCAACUCCGAUGAGUCCCCCCUCACCCCACUAGAUGUCACCCAUCUACCCAUGUUAGAAAACGCCACUUACAGUAAGUCAGAUAGUGUUGACCACCCACACAGCUCCACUCACCACCGCAAAGACCGGGACCAGGAUCUGCCCUCCACCCAUACUAUCACAUCAUCUGGUCGUUCAUCAGCUCCACCUCUUCCCUCCAACUUCUACAAGUCAUCUAGCUACACCCACAGUGGUCAUGGUUACCCCCGCAGCCAAUCUGCAUGUCCUUCUCCGGUCAACAUGGGCCGCUCCCUGACUCCACUGAGUCUCAAGAGACCACCACCAUAUGACACUCUGAUGGUGGGAGGAAGUAUGCCUCGCUCAUCAUCAUCAUCGUCAUCAUCCUCACAUAGGGCAGGUGAGGGGGGAUCUAAACUCAGUAACUCCUCCUCCACACACUGUUCCAUGCACAAUGUGUCAAUGAGGUCACAGACUCCAACAAGCCCAUUGGACGAGCUCAACAACCUGUUUACAUCAGGCAGACAGGUGAUGAAGAAAGGGUCAGCAGAGAGGAAGAACAGGGAAGGUGAAGGAGACACAAGGUCUCUGCCCAGACAUGACAGCAAAGAAAGAGACGGAAAAUCGAGUCCAGUUUCCAGCAGGAUGGGGAGGUCAUCCGUCAGCCCCACCAUGAUGCUGUCAGGAGGAGGAGAUUCGAGAUCUUUGUGUAAACUUGGCCGAUCAGCAUCAACAUCAGGAGUUACUUCACCAGGUGGGACGCCACAACGUUACCUGCAUGAGUCACAUCAUCCUGCUCUCAGCCAGAUGCCAUGGCUUUGUGGAGACACUACCAUGAUGGAGAUGAUUGAGAAGAAGAGAGUUUUGUGUCGAGAGAUAAAAGCUCGUCAGAGUCCUGAGAAGAAUCUGUGUAAACAGGACAGCAUGCCCAUCCUGCCCAGCUGGAAGAGGAAGCAGCCGCCGCCAUAUUCUGCCCCACCCACCACCACCGGACACACCACCACGGUCUUCUGGGACACUGCCAUCUGAAACCCGACCACCAUGAGGUCCAUAUGGGAAGAAUGGUAGUACAGCCAGCUGCAGUGGUUUGAGGAGAACAUGGAGAUGAUGAUGAUGAUGACCACAGGUUCAACGUGAUCAUAGCUUGUUUCUAUUAUUUUCUAUCUGUGUUUUAUUGGUGGUUGCGCCUGUCAAUGAUUUGAAGUUGCUUUGUUACUAUCCAAUUAAAAUGUUAAAU